AUGUCUGACACAAAAGUAAGACCAAAUGGUCCACCGAAUACAGAAAAAACGGAUCUCCCAAAGAAAGCUGGAAGCCCCCUAGAUAAUGAAAGCUUGCCGCCAGGCACGUUGAAGAACCCCUCAGAUGCUUCAAAUGUUUCGGAGAGCCGGCCAGACGCAUCAGAAAGCGACAAAUUGCCCGAGCAAACCCCUUUACAGCCACAAGACACUUCGCGCGGCGCCUCUCUCGAGUGCGGCCUGCUCUCGCUGAAGCGGCCCAUGCUCCUGUGCGACCGCGAGCUCCACUGGUACGUUGCGCAGAUUGUGCGGCCGCAGCUUGCGCACCUCCGCGACACCCUUGAGGUCUGUGGCAACUUGCUCCGCCACAACCUGCCAGACUCCACGCACGGCCCGCCAAUCACGCUUCCCAUCUCUGCAGGCGCGCUGGGAGCGUUGCUGGGCGUGCUUACUCGUGACGGCCCUUCUGUGACCAAGUUGGAGAUCCAAGUGGGAGAUAAGCGCUUGGCCCGUGUGGCGAAGACGCUCCGUUUGGUGCAGCCGCUUCCUCUCGCGCAGGUGGCUGCAGCCGCGGCGAGCGUGGACGACGCGUUGGCCGAGCUCGCGCAGGCGCGGGCGCUUUUCGCCCCUGGCUCUCGCGCGCCGCAUGCGCAACUAGUGUCGCAGUUACGUGCGCUUUUUGCAGCCAUUGGUGCUGCAAAAGUCAGCCUCCAACUCCCGACAGACCCGGCCCUUGUGUUUCCGCAGCACGUGACACAGCCUGGCAGCUUUGCCCCCAACUGUGGCCUGCGUUUGGCUGCAGACGUAUACGUAUCGCAGGCCGAAGUGUGCUUGGACAUCAAGGCGCUUUCACAGGUCACAGAAAAACCUUGGUGCGAGAUCGACGCCAAGGGUAAGCUGUACGCUGACCGUGUGCGGGACGAGAUGUCUGCGGGCCGUACGCCUGAGAUCGAGCACACAGGAUGGCGGUUGACGCGGCGGCCCGCAGAGGACUAUGUGGCGCGCUGUGUCACGUAUGGGGGACAUGUGGUGAUGGUGGACCGCAAAGUCGAGGUGCUGAGUGCAGACCCAGUGUUGGUCAGCACGUUCACCAAGUUGGACAGUGUCGAAUACGUGGUCGGGGCGUUCAUGGCAAAUAUCGAGACACUUACACGUGGAGAGGAAUCGGAGAAGUAG